GAGGGACCUCAACCGGAAGUAGCUGUAGCAGUAGCAACAACACUAGCAACAUUAGCCACCGUCGACACAGAGACGGACUACAUUUCUCCCAUAGUUUAACCUUAUAUUUACCAAAACGUCUUACGCAAUGAGAGGGGACCGCGGCCGGGGCCGGGGGGGCCGCUUCGGGUCCCGAGGAGGACUGGUACAGGGAUAUCGACCUUUUGUCCCACACAUCCCCUUUGAUUUCUAUGUGUGUGAGAUGGCCUUUCCCAGGGUCAAACCUGCCCCUGAUGAGUCGGCGUUCAGCGAGUGUUUGCUCAAGAGGAACCAGGACCUUAGUCCAACACCUGCUGAACAGUCCUCCAUCUUGUCCUUGGUGACAAAGAUCAACAAUGUCAUUGACAACCUGAUUGUUGCACCUGGAAACUUUGAAGUGCAAAUCGAGGAGGUGCGUCAGGUUGGUUCUUAUAAGAAGGGAACAAUGACAACAGGACAUAAUGUCGCUGACCUGGUCGUGAUCCUCAAGAUCCUUCCGACAUUGGAGGCAGUUGCUGCUCUGGGCAACAAAGUAGUGGAAACCCUUCGCACUCAGGACCCCACUGAAGUGUUGACCAUGUUGACCAAUGAGACGGGCUUUGAGAUCAGUUCAGCAGACGCCACGGUUAAGAUCCUCAUCACCACUGUCCCACCAAACCUGCGCAAGCUGGACCCUGAGCUGCACUUGGAUAUUAAGGUGCUGCAGAGUGCUCUGGCUGCCAUUCGUCAUGCCCGUUGGUUUGAGGAAAACGCCUCUCAGUCAACUGUCAAAGUGCUAAUCCGCCUCCUGAAGGAUUUAAGGCUGCGCUUCCCUGGGUUUGAACCCCUGACCCCGUGGAUCCUGGAUCUGCUGGGCCACUCUGCAGUGAUGAAUAAUCCGUCCAGGCAGCCCCUGUCCCUAAACGUGGCCUAUAGGCGUUGUUUGCAGAUGUUGGCUGCCGGUCUGUUUCUGCCGGGGUCGGUGGGCAUCACAGACCCCUGUGAGAGCGGGAACUUCAGAGUCCACACAGUCAUGACUCUGGAGCAGCAGGACAUGGUGUGUUUCACAGCCCAGACCCUGGUCAGGGUUCUGUCUCACGGAGGCUACAGGAAGAUCCUGGGCCUGGAGGGCGAUGCCAGCUAUUUGGCCACUGAAAUGUCCACAUGGGAUGGGGUGAUCGUCACUCCAUCAGAGAAGGCGUACGAGAAACCUCCAGAGAGGAAGGAGGAGGAAGACGAGGCUCUGGAUGAAGGAGGAGACGGAGAAGAUGAGAGCAUGGAGACCCAGGAGUAAUGAGGAGGCCAGGCUGAAGCAGACGGAUGUGCAGGAACACACACACACACACACACACACACACCAGCCUCAGCGUCUGCACAGCCUCCAAGAAGAGUUAAAGGUGCUGCAAAAACAGAAGUGCAUCAGCUGUUCCAGUCCCAGUUAGUAGUCAUGUUGUUUUCGUUGAACUUUGUUUUUACAUCCACUUUGUAUUAUUAACAGGAACUUCCUGAAUUAAAUGUUUUUUUUAAAUUUAA